GGGAUCUUUAAGACGUCAUCUAUUUCUGUUUCUAUGGAAACCCUAACCAACACGUGGUCCCUGAUCGAUCAGUGCAACGUCACCAAUGUUGGAGACAAGCAUUCCUCGUGUCCGUGGGAGGAGCGUGUGUUUAACAGGUCUCCCCCUGCUGGUGGACAGUGGUCAGAGCAGCUCUCGCCUCACCUCCAAAGGAACAAACAGCUUGAGGACACGCUUUUGCAGCGAGAAGAGGAACUGAGUCGCCUCCAGGAGGAAAACCACAAACUGCGACAAUUUCUCGACUCUUCAUUCGUCAGGAAUCUUGAAGACAAAGCCGGAAAGUUGAGUGGCGACAAGACCUGGAAUCAAAACAGGAAGCGGCCAUUCAGCGGUGGGUCUUUCCAAAACUCCGUUCGGCGCCACCUACAGGUCAGCAAACGCAUCUGCCGGAACCUCAGCACUGAGUUCAAUUCCACUGAGUCCAGUUCCGCGGAAUCCAGUUCCUCCUCUUCCGAGCUGGACCUUUGGGUUCUGAGGACUCUUGGUCUGAAGGACCCGGACACCAUCGACACAUCCUCUAUGCCGACUGUGUAUCAGGAGAACUUCUCACCGGAACAGUCAGACUGCAGCUAUGGGAGCACAGAAAGUCCGCAAAGUCAUCCUGCCUUCAUGGCAUCCACUCCAGACCACAGAAGUCCACCUCCAGGACAACCAGUCUCCAAGGUGACUCACUUUGGCCAGACUCCUUUUAACAGUCCGGUCCUGAACUGUUCUUGGUCGCCCCAGAGUCCGUCGCAAGUUGGUCGGGGUGAAGGUGGACAUCCGGACUUGGCUUUUGCGAUGUCCCUGAGCCCUGCCAGUAGCGUAAAGACCCUUAGCUAUCCUCAAGGACAGGCUUUUGUCAGGAGGGACCCGCAAGGACGCUACAACUUCACUUGGUUGCCCACACACACCUCCAGAAACAUGGACAGGACUUGAGGACAAAGACACGUUGAAGUACAUUGAAAUCAAAAUUGUAUCACCACUGACCACAUUC